UCCUAUUUACACAGCUUUGCCGCCUUCGUUUCGUAUGGAACUAGCCUUUGCUCCUGCCCCGGAUUUCUAUUGGCUUCACCGGGAGGCUCGCCAUUUGCCAUGGGAUUAAACAAAGAGAGGCAACAAUAGUUUUUUUUUUAUGAUGAGUCCAUGACAGUAUGCCACGAUAUGCCACGUCCCAAUCCUUCUAGUUUCCAGUGGUGCCUACCUAUUAACUCCAUCUGGUGGGGGAGCUGGGCCGGUGGUACUGUUCGAUUGGAUCCUCCCGGCCCCUGUUCCCCUGCUUCCUUCCUACCUGCUCGCUAUUUGCUUCCCCGGGCGACCCUUGCCGAACAAGUUGCAUGUAUAAAGCCAUGCAGAUCGAUGCAACUCGAGUGACCAAAACAGGAUUCAUUCAUCCAUCCCCUCACGGCUCCCUCUAGCUCGGAUUCUCCAGACAACUCUGCACAGUAACAGAGAAGAACAGAUCAGAGCAGGGCUGAGGUGAACUGAGACGAAGGGGAGAGAGGGGCAAGGAAAUUGCUAGCCCUUGAGCUCUCGGUCUGCCGGUACGCGCGAACAUGGGUGCCGCGUUCUUGGCUUCUUGGCCAUGGGAUAACCUCGGCUUCUACAAGUACGUCCUGUACGGGCCGCUGGUCGGCAAGGCCGUGGCGUCGCGGGCGUGGGAAGCCGCGAGCCCUGACCGGUGGAUCCUCCUCCUGCUCGUCCUGUUCGGCCUCAGGGCGCUCACCUACCAGCUCUGGAGCUCCUUCAGCAACAUGCUGUUCGCCACCCGCCGGCGACGCAUCGUCCGCGACGGCGUGGACUUCGAGCAGAUCGACAAGGAGUGGGACUGGGACAACUUCUUGAUACUGCAAAUCCUGAUGGCGGCGACGGCUUUCUACGCCUUCCCGUCGCUGCGUCACCUCCCGCUCUGGGACGCCCGGGGCUUCGCCGUCGCCGCCCUCCUCCACGUCGCGGUCACCGAGCCACUGUUCUACGCGGCACACAGGGCGUUCCACUCCGGCCACCUCUACGCCUGCUACCACUCGCUGCACCACUCCAGCAAGGUGCCCCAGCCCUUCACAGCCGGGUUCGCGACGCCGCUGGAGAACAUGGUGCUGGGCGCGCUCAUGGCGGCGCCGCUCGCUGGCGCGUGCGCCGCGGGGUGCGGCUCGGUGGCGGUGGCCUUCGCCUACGUGCUCGGGUUCGACUUCCUCCGCGCCAUGGGCCACUGCAAUGUCGAGGUGUUCCCCAGCGCGCCCUUCCAGGCGCUCCCGGUCCUCAGAUACCUCGUCUACACCCCAACGUACCACACGAUCCAUCACGCCAAGAGGGAGGCCAAUUUCUGCCUGUUCAUGCCGCUGUUCGAUCUGCUGGGCAGCACGCUCGACGACCAGUCCUGGGAAAUGCAGGAGCAGGCUAGUGCAGGGGUGGACGAGGUGCCGGAGUUCGUGUUCCUGGCGCACGUGGUGGACGUGAUGCAGUCGCUGCACGUGACGUUCGUGCUGCGGACGUUCGCGUCGACGCCCUUCGGCGUGCAGCUCUUCCUGCUGCCCAUGUGGCCCUUCGCCUUCCUCGUCAUGCUCAUGAUGUGGGUCUGGUCCAAGACCUUCGUUAUCUCCAACUACAACCUCCGCGGUCGCCUGCACCAGAUCUGGGCCGUCCCUAGAUACGGCUUCCAGUACUUCCUGCCGUUCGCCAAGGACGGCAUCAACAAGCAGAUCGAGCACGCGAUUCUCAGGGCCAACAAGAUGGGCGUCAAGGUGCUCAGCCUUGCAGCUCUCAACAAGAACGAGGCACUGAACGGCGGCGGGACGCUGUUCGUCAACAAGCACCCGGACCUCCGGGUGCGCGUCGUCCACGGCAACACGCUGACCGCGGCGGUGAUCCUGAACGAGAUCCCCAAGGGCACGGCCGAGGUUUUCCUCACCGGCGCGACGUCAAAGCUCGGCAGGGCCAUCGCGCUGUACCUGUGCAAGAAGAGGGUCCGCGUCAUGAUGAUGACGCUGUCGACGGAGCGGUUCCAGAAGAUACAGAAGGAGGCGCCGGCGGAGUUCCAGCAGUACCUGGUCCAGGUCACCAAGUACCGCUCCGCGCAGCACUGCAAGACGUGGAUCGUGGGGAAGUGGCUGUCGCCGCGGGAGCAGCGGUGGGCGCCGUCGGGCACGCACUUCCACCAGUUCGUGGUGCCACCCAUCAUCGGCUUUCGGCGGGACUGCACCUACGGCAAGCUCGCCGCCAUGCGCCUCCCCAAGGACGUCCAGGGCCUCGGCACCUGCGAGUACUCGCUGGAGCGCGGGGUGGUGCACGCGUGCCACGCCGGCGGCGUCGUCCACUUCCUGGAGGGGUACACGCACCACGAGGUGGGCGCCAUCGACGUCGACCGCAUAGGCGUCGUCUGGGAGGCGGCGCUCAGGCACGGGCUCCGGCCGGCCUAAUCCAUCGGCCCGUCCAUCCGUCCAUCCGUCCGAUCCAGCGCGGCCGGCCGGGUGGCUGACGCAUGCAUGUAUUGGGCCGAUCCAAGAUGGGCCCGGCCCAACUUUGGCACUUAUUUUUCACAGUCCA